AUGAUUAUUCCGGUCGAGGUGCAAUGUCGCACUUGUGGGCAGGUGUUUUGCUGUGCCAAGUGCCGCCACAAGCACGAAGAUGCCGACCACCAGGAGGCGGCCAUGAUACGCAAAAUUUGCUACAUCUGCAACCAGCGCCCGUUCCCGCUACGGAGGGACACCAAAAUCACAAUGAACAACGUGCUGAUCGCGCACAUCCUAAAGGAACACAUGCCGCUGCGUUGCAACCGCUGCAUGAAGGUUUUCUACUCUUUGCUCGAUUUGCAACAGCUGAACAAAUGCUUCAUGCUGUGCCCGAACAGCAAUGAAGGCGAGUGUUUCUUGGAGGGUAGCCUACCGGGCGCCGAGGCCAGAGUAUCGCUUCCAGCAGCGGACGAAAAUAAGGAAAAUUUAAGUGUAAACGUAGAUCAGAGCCUGGGGAAAAUCGAAAACAAACGGCAAGCUGGAAACGUAGCUCGUCGAAGAAGUGUCCCACUGUCGAUGGAAUUACAAUCGUUACAGGAAUCGCAAGAAAUAAUCGAAGAGGUGGAUGAGGCACUGCUUACGCCGCUGACCAAGAUAAAUUUGCGGUGGAAACGCAAAAGUCGCCAAAGUUUUGAAAGCAUGCUCUCGACGUCCGGAAACAACAACAGUUCGGCUUCGUCGUCCUCUACAUCGGACUUGCUGAAACUGAACGAUGUGCCGGCGCCGGGAGUUGCUGGUGCUCGGCCGAAGCUGGUACGCAGCACCAGCACCCCGAUGUACCAGUGGCAACUGAUGCCGAUGGUGAAGCUACCGAACGAAUCGUACACGGCCACGAUGGGCCAAAUGUCCAGCAUUCACUGUAGCACCGAAAGCGAGGCGGACAGUCGGUCGGACGAUAUGGGCGCUUCUCCACCGCCACCACCCCCUGCUCCGAGCUCGGCCGAUGAACUGGACAAAGUGCGCGCCAUCAUACGCAAUCGCUCGAAGGUGGCGGCCACACCACUUCGGCAGGUGAUGUCCAAGAGCAUCCAGCGGGCGAUCGCACAGCACACGACCGGAGCGUACUCGAAGAUGCUGCAGCCCGGUACGCAGCGCAAAAUGAGUUUCAACUCGACGAUGAGUAGCACAGGUGUCAACAACAGCACGAUCGGUUCACCGACCGCGGAUCCGCUCGAUCUGCGCACCACUCCGGUGCUGAAACGGGAAAGCAACGUGUCGUGUGGCAAACUAACGAAGGUAUUCUCAAUAGACGCAGGACGAUCGCUGCAGGACACCGACAGCACCAUCGAUUCGGAGUACUAUGAAGCGCACCGUGAUCUGGAUUCGCUCCGUGCGAACGAAUCGGCCGAUCGGGAAAAUAGAGAAAAUCAACAAAAACUGUACUCCGGUGGCCAUGGGCACGGGCCUGGGAAAGAUGACACGGCACCAUCUACCGUUAGCUAUCUGCGAACACCGAAAUCGUCCGGAGCGGUGCUCAAAAAGGUGAUCUCUUUCCACACCCUGGACGACAGCAAAUCGGCCGUCGGUGGUGAGGUGGACGAAGCAGGUGAUGUGUGGGGUACGCCGUGCUCGAUGAUGCUCGUACCGCCGCGAAGCUUCAGCUGCUCCGCCGUUGGUCUCGGCAAUACCUUCCAAGCGGAAGACCACGCAAGUGACACGGUUUCGGAUGAAGUGUUCUUCCCGGCGGCGACUGCGCAACGGAUGGCUCGGUUGAAAAAAGGCGUACGAGAAACCGAAGGCAAACAGAUUACCGUCAACGGUGGCGGGAGUAAGCUGUGGUCCAUCGUUUCGAACGUUAUCCGGUUGGCAUCGCGCAGUGACGUGCAGGAAGAACUGGCCACUCCCGGUGCACCAUCCAUAGGUGGGGGCCUUGUGCAGCGAGCGGUUUCGUUUGCCGACUAUCUCAAGAGCCGAUACAGCGGGAGGACGUCGUCGUCUGGUUCGGACGAGUAUCGAGUGCCGGAAGAAUCGAGCGGCAAGAAACGCCGACGGGUGGUAUCCGUUGCCUCGCGCACCGCUUUCGCUCCGGCCACGAUGGCCAUACCGAUGGCCGCGAAGAUGACCUGCAGUCCGGCUGCGAAACGGAAGCGUAUUCAGUCCCGCCAACCAAUUCAUCGUUCGCGUCCCGGCAGCGAUAGUGGAAUCAGUUAA